UGUAUUAUAAAAGCUAGUAAAAGUGACUCUGUCCAACACAAUAAAGUGGAACAGUAUUACAUUUCAACAAUUAAACAAACACAAAAACAUGUUUUAUACAUGUAAAAUUUAACACAUAAAAAAUCAAGAAUAGUAUUAAAAUCACUUGGAAUCUGUGUUUAAUUUCUGUUGCCAAUGGAAUAUGUAAAGACCAUUAUAAUCAGCAUUGUUAUAUCAGAAUGUGUCUUUAAACCUGCAGUGGCACAGAGAUUUGAACCUAGACUGGAAGUGACUGGUUGUACAAAAAGCCGGCUCAAUGUUACAAUACGUGACGCAGCGGAUGGUGGGAUCGUCUAUAUCGAAGGUCCAAGUACAACAUGCAGUCAGUUCACACAACCGCGUGUGUCCGAGCAUGUCUUUGACGUCCGUGCGUGUGCAAUAAACUGGAGUGAAACGUUUAGGGUUAUAGUUCAAAGACACCCGCUAUACCAGACUGGUGCGGAUAAACGCUUUCCUGUCACGUGUAUACCAGACACUAGUGACAUAAAUGUUGGCAGUCGUCUGGUGAAUAUAAAUGUUUUAGACAAGGAGGAUGAAGAAGGAAUAACUAAAACCAUACGUCCUACAGCCACAAUGUAUCUAUACCGAGACGGUGUUGAUGUAAAUGGUAAAACAGUAAAACUCACGGACGAGCUUACUAUGAUAAUACAACUAGAUAACGACCAUGCUAAUGACUUUGACAUACAGGCAAUAGAAUGUUACGCCGAUAACAUCCAGACCAUAGCAGAUAGAUGCCCUGUAGACGAAAAUCUGUUUCCAAAGUUCACAAGUGUUGUUCAAGGGAAACUGCAAGCUAAGUUUGGUGUGUUUCGGCCUACACAGCUAGACGAUGGAACGGUCAAUAUAGAAUUUACUUGUACCUUACAAGUUUUUCUUGGGCAACAUAUUCCGACAGCCUGUGGUGGAAACGUGGGUCUACAUGCAGUACGCAAGCGCAAACUUCAAGCAGCCAACAAGAAAAUUGACAAGAUUUUUGUUGGAAAUUCAGUGCUUGUAAACACUGAGGAUAUUGCAACAGAAAAAAUGUUCACUAUGAGUGCCAAAGCCUGCACGAAAGAGACCUUAUAUGUUGGAAUCAUUGCCCUAUUUGCGGUGUCCUUUCUUGUAACGCUCAUUUUAUGUCUUUGUACGCGCAGAAAACUUAGGGCUGAACGUAAACUUCGAGCUCUCCAGAGGAAUGAAAUAAAUAAUGACUUUGAAGACUGACAUCAGAAUUUCCGGAAAGAAAGAACACAUUGGUGACCUCCAGGUUUUCUGAAAACAAGAUGAAGGGAACUAACUAGUCAGACAACAGACUGAUCCAAUAAUUAGACUGUAUUAUGGUUAUGACAAUCGAGUUGUAAAAAAAACUGAGCUGUGGUUGUCUGCAUCGUAUGUGAAGAAUUAUAGAGAUGCAAGAAACUACAAAGAGCGGCAUGCCAUAAAAUGGAUUAUAUAGAUGCUAUUCAUACAAGUAAAUCAAACGAACAGAAUCAAGAGAAUGGGUACUUACGGCCCUUCAUCGAAAAUAAUCUCAACUGCGCGAAAACUUGUGAUUCGAUUUCUCCUCGAUCCAUGCAUUUCAUUUCCAUGUUUUUCAUAUGAUGUAAUACUAUAUUUACUUAUAUAUAUAAUUAACCAUGAUUUUUCAUUGUCAUUUCAUUGCUGUUACGAAUACAAGCAGACAGGUAA